UUUCGAAGCUCGUUUGUUUGCUUUCCCCACCAGACUGCUACAUUAUCUCCAAGGUCCUGAUGGCCAUGGCCAAAUAGCAUAGCUUCUUCUCCAGCUACACCCGAACCGCGAAUUCCUCCAUAUGUUGAUUGUUGAAUGCACAUCGAAGUAUAUAUUUGUAGAACCUAGAAGUUGCAGGGGUGAUGUCUAUUGGAGAGCAGAGAAUACAAACGGUGGUGUGGUUGAGAAGGGCAAACGCGACAGUUUGUUUAUUGACAAGCGUGGCAAAUUUAGAAGCUUUAAUUUCAAAAAACUAUCUAGGAAAAAGGGUGGUUCUUUAAGGGGCCGAGGAUGGAAAUAUGGAUCUGGUUUUGUUGAUGGGAUUUUCCCUGUAAUGAGCCCCAUUGCUCAGCAGAUUCUUGACUUUGUACAGAAGGAAGAGUGUUCAACUAGAAUUUGGGGUUCACUUGAUUCUCUCUCCCCCAAUCACACCACCUGGGAUGAUAUCAUUAAUGUAGCUGUCCAACUUCGUCUGAAUAAACAAUGGGAUGCAAUUGUGCUGAUCUGUGGGUGGAUAUUGUACAGGAGCUCCUUCCAUCCAGAUGUUAUCUGUUACAAUUUACUUAUAGAUGCUUAUGGGCAGAAAUCACUUUACAAGAAGGCAGAAUCCACAUAUUUAGAACUUCUUGAAGCACGAUGUGUUCCUACUGAAGAUACAUAUGCCCUUCUUCUAAAGGCCUACUGCACAUCAGGGCUGCUGGAGAAAGCUGAAGCUGUUUUUGCUGAGAUGCGAAAAUACGGCUUCCCCCCAAGUGCAGUUGUGUACAAUGCUUACAUUGAUGGGCUAAUGAAGGGAGGAGACACCCAAAAGGCCGUGGAGAUCUUUGAGAGGAUGAAGAGAGAUCGCUGUCAACCAUCUACCGCAACUUACACAAUGUUGAUCAACUUAUAUGGAAAGGCUAGCAAGUCCUAUAUGGCCUUAAAGGUGUUUCAUGAAAUGAGGAGUCAAAAGUGUAAGCCUAAUAUCUGCACAUUCACUGCUCUGGUGAAUGCAUUUGCAAGAGAGGGGCUUUGUGAGAAAGCAGAAGAAAUAUUUGAGCAGCUGCAAGAAGCUGGGCUUGAACCGGAUGUGUACGCUUAUAAUGCCCUCAUGGAAGCCUACAGUCGCGCAGGUUUUCCCUAUGGGGCUGCAGAGAUAUUUUCCCUCAUGCAGCACAUGGGGUGUGAACCGGAUGGAGCUUCAUACAAUAUCAUGGUGGAUGCAUAUGGAAGGGCUGGUCUUCAUGAGGAUGCACAAGCCGUGUUUGAGGUGAUGAAGCGAUUGGGGAUAACUCCCACUAUGAAAUCCCAUAUGCUGCUUCUAUCUGCCUACUCCCGAGCCGGCAAAGUGGCAAAAUGCGAAGAGAUUGUGAACCAGAUGCACAAAUCAGGGAUCAAACCUGACACAUUCGUCCUCAACAGUAUGCUCAACCUGUAUGGCCGGCUAGGCCAGUUUGAGAAAAUGGAAGAAGUCUUGACUACAAUGGAGAAAGGACCAUAUCCAGCUGAUAUCAGCACAUACAACAUCCUGAUCAACAUAUACGGCAGGGCGGGAUUCUUCGCCAGAAUGGAGGAACUUUUCAGAUCACUUCCUGCUAGAAACUUGAUACCGGACGUUGUCACAUGGACUUCACGAAUUGGAGCCUACUCAAGAAGGAAACAGUACAAUCGAUGCCUGGAAGUGUUCGAAGAAAUGAUCGAUGCCGGGUGUUACCCAGAUGGAGGAACUGCCAAGGUACUUCUCUCGGCUUGUUCAAAUGGAGAUCAAAUCCAAGAGGUUACUACUGUAAUUAGAACAAUGCAUAAAGAUAUGAGAACUUCAUUAUAAUAUAAAUGGUACCGUUUACACA